UUAUCAACAAAAGAUGCCAAUCAGACAGCCUUAGCCGCAUCAUUGAAAGCCCAGCUAAAAAAACAAAAACAAAAACAAAAACGAAAAGAAAAAAAAAAAAAAACAGGUUUAGGAUACAAGGGAGAGCAACGGAGCAAACCACAGCGCAGAAAAACUGGGCGCACACAGGCACGUAGCUCCCCUGCAUGGAGACAGCAGGUUGUAGCCGACUACCCGGAGAACGCGGAGCACCCCAGACAGGAACUUUAAACGGAUUGAAAUCUGUUGCCUGUUCACUAGGAAUAUUGUUUGCAAGGCACAAGGUGUCUUUUGGUAGUGAGUGCCCUCUGCGCAUGCGCAGGUCCAUUCGGGAAUCACUGCCCAGCCGCCGACUAAGUUGCAUUCCUUGAAUCUUCGCAGAAAAGACAAUUCCCUCAUCAGAGUUAGUAAUGUGGACAGUACAAAAUCGAGAGAGUUUGGGGCUUCUUUCUUUUCCUGUGAUGGUUGCCAUGGUUUGUUGUGCACACAGCUCCAAUGAACCCAGCAACAUGUCAUACGUGAAAGAGACGGUGGACCGACUGCUCAAGGGAUAUGACAUUCGCUUGAGGCCGGACUUUGGAGGGCCCCCGGUGGACGUCGGGAUGCGGAUAGAUGUCGCCAGCAUAGACAUGGUCUCGGAAGUGAACAUGGAUUAUACACUCACCAUGUAUUUCCAGCAGUCUUGGAAGGACAAGAGGCUUUCAUACUCUGGAAUCCCAUUAAACCUGACCCUUGACAACAGGGUAGCUGACCAACUCUGGGUACCAGACACCUACUUUCUCAAUGACAAGAAAUCAUUUGUGCAUGGGGUCACAGUGAAAAACCGAAUGAUAAGGCUGCAUCCUGAUGGAACUGUCCUCUAUGGACUACGGAUCACAACCACCGCAGCAUGCAUGAUGGAUCUUCGAAGGUACCCUCUGGAUGAACAAAACUGCACCCUGGAGAUUGAAAGUUAUGGCUAUACCACUGACGACAUCGAGUUUUACUGGAAUGGAGGAGAGGGAGCAGUAACUGGGGUCAAUAAAAUCGAGCUUCCUCAGUUUUCAAUUGUUGACUACAAGAUGGUGUCCAAGAAGGUGGAAUUCACAACAGGGGCAUAUCCACGUCUAUCACUAAGUUUUCGUCUAAAGAGAAACAUCGGCUACUUCAUUUUGCAAACCUACAUGCCUUCCACGCUGAUUACAAUUCUGUCCUGGGUGUCAUUUUGGAUCAACUAUGAUGCAUCUGCAGCCAGAGUCGCACUAGGAAUUACCACGGUGCUGACCAUGACAACCAUUAGCACUCAUCUCAGGGAGACUCUGCCAAAGAUUCCUUACGUCAAAGCGAUUGACAUCUAUCUGAUGGGCUGCUUUGUGUUUGUGUUCCUGGCUCUGCUGGAAUAUGCUUUUGUAAAUUACAUUUUCUUUGGAAAAGGCCCUCAGAAGAAGGGAGCAAGCAAACAAGACCAGAGUGCCAAUGAAAAGAAUAAGCUGGAGAUGAACAAAGUCCAGGUCGACGCCCAUGGCAAUAUUCUCCUCAGCACCCUGGAAAUCAGGAAUGAGACCAGUGGCUCCGAGGUGCUCACGGGUGUGAGUGACCCCAAGGCCACCAUGUACUCGUAUGACAGUGCCAGCAUCCAGUACCGCAAGCCGCUGAGCAGCCGCGAGGGCUUCGGGCGCGGGCUGGACAGGCACGGGGUGCCAGGCAAGGGGCGGAUCCGCAGGCGUGCCUCGCAACUCAAAGUGAAGAUCCCUGACUUAACUGACGUGAACUCCAUAGACAAGUGGUCCCGAAUGUUUUUCCCCAUCACCUUUUCUCUUUUUAAUGUCGUUUAUUGGCUUUAUUAUGUCCACUAAGGUCAGUCUCAUGGUUCGGUUUAGACUAUCUUCCUUGGCUUGUUUUCUAACCCCACAGGUUCCCAACAGCAAUUACUGCUGUGGUUUUUGAGGUAAGAGAUUCAGCCAUCCAACUGGUUUUCAGUCUUGCGUGUCAGUUUUUAUUAUCACACCAUGUUUACUUCAACAACAACAACAACACAAAGGUGUUUUUUUCUCCUGUCUACUGUGGUCCAGGUUACUAGCUCUGUAAGAGUUCCAUCAAUUGCUUUGUUUACAAAGGGAGAAGCAGAUGGGUGGUAGCUAUUGCUGGCCAUAUUUCCUAGUUGCCCUGGAUCUUACUGAAUAAUUUGAAAAUGAAAAUGUACAGUGGACCUUGCUGUCCACCUGCACUGUGUUCUCUGAGUAAACUGUAAUCAUCUCAUUCUGCCAAAAAAAAAUUUUAAAUGACAAGAAAAAAAAUAACUUCAGCAUCUCAGAAGAAUAAAGCCAUUGACAAAUCACAGGUUUCCAGGAAGCAGGAUAUAACACUAACAGUUCCCCGCCACUCUGAAGUUCUCCCUAGUCCCUUCUAGAAAGGCUUCUCAGCUCUGUAGAAGAGGGACAUCAAAGCUAGCAUUAGUCACCUUUUUUUUUUAACCAAACCCACCGUACUGUGUCCAUCUAACAAUGGCCAUGGAGAUCCCUAACGAUACUUUUUUCCCCAAACUGCUUGAAUGUUCAAGUUAGUGCUAGAAUCCAGCCUGAUCUAACUGGUAGUCACUGAGAAUGUUUUUCUUUCCUGCUCAAGAAUAAAGAGUUUGGGGGACAAUCAAUAUUUUUCUUACUGACAGUCCUUCAUUAACCUUAGAAUGUCUUGAUGCCAUGAACCAUGUGGUCUUAUUUCCACAGCUCCUGCUCCAAAAAGUAGAGAAAGGAUAUGAGGGGUCCAGGUGGUUUGGGAUUUUAAGGAGGUGGAGACCAAUUUUUUUACUUGAGGAAAAAAAUUGCUAUUUCUCUGAGAAAAGCAAGGCUUGCGUAUUGCAAAAAGGAUGCCUGGCCAGUUAUCUGCACUGCCGAGUCUUAAGUCAUGUUGUAUGAAUUGCUUAGCCUUCUUAAGGGAAACAUGCAUCGAAUGGUGACAACAAACACAUCACACAGGACUCUACUGGAACAAUUUGAUUCCGUUCGCUGAGCUCUGCAUUUCAAACUACAACAUGGAUGGCCCAGGAAAUGCCCAUCCACAUGUCAUUGUCUUCCUCCAAAGCCAGAUUUCCAGUUUAAAACAACCUUUAAAGUAGCAAAACUCUCAGAAAGAGGAGAAACUCAUAAUGACAAAACACUGAGUCUUUGUCCAUGCACACCAGCCACUGAAGUGUGGACUCUGCCUGUCUACACUCAUUAAUCACUGUCAUUAUUUCACGGCCACGUCUGUGCUUAUAGAUUAUUCUGGGUCGUGGUUUUCAUGACUUUCAGUAAAGCAACACAAUUCCAAAUAUGCACAACAAGCUACUGUUGAGUUCUUUCCAUUUUAUGUCAUUAAAAUCCUGUUUUCUUUCAGACUGAGUUUGUAAAAUUAUACAUGUUUAUUUGCAGGGUUGAGUGAGACCACAAAUUGGCUAACCUUGGAUGGAGGCCAUGACCCAUGCAUGUGAUAAGGAGUGGCAGGACUAAUCAGGACAACUGCCUCACUUGAUAGUCUGACUCUCCUCUUGGAAGAGAAUCAAUGUGUAGAGCAGUGGGAGCAGCUAAAAUUAUUGUCACAGUUGGAAAGGGAAGCUGGAAUUCCUAUGAAUGAGUUCAACAGGAGAACAUGAAAAAUACAUUUAGAAAACAAGAGGGAAAUACAAACCUUAAAUAAGUUAGUGUAGCUGGAUGUAAUAACAGACACUAGCGAAAACAUAAAAAUCCCACUACAUAUUAAAAAAAUAAACUAAUCGCAGCAAUUUCUUGAAGAGUGCUGGAAUUUUGAGGACGAAUUCUCACUUAGGUAUCCAAGAAAUGUAAACAUGGUUCCCAGGUUGAGCUAUCCUUAAACUGUGGUCACUGGGUCAUCCGUGUAAAGUCCUGCUCAGCUCCCUGCAGGCUGAGAUGCCUUGCCAUGUACAAUGCCAGGACAGAAUAGAAUGUAGCUCUGUCUGUAAUGGGAGGUUCCUAUUGCCUAUGAAUACCCAGGAGCCACCAUGCAGUCAUUCAUUUUAAACAUAGGAGGAGAAAUUAGAUGCCUGAUGCUGAACAGAAACUAUCAUUCUGAUGUCAAAGCCUUUUAAAAGGCUUUUAAGAAAGAAAUACUGAAUCAGAGAAGGUGUCUAUUAAGAUCUUCUCAUAAAAGAUUAUUUUUUCAGUACUAUAUUUUCCUUUUUAAAAUCUAAAGUGAUUUUGUUAUAGUUUUAGAUAGAAAGCAUUUUUGCAGAAAAAAAGAAACAUUUUUGAACCCCUACAUUAUAACCUUUUAAAAUGUAAAAUGAUUAGGCCUGAACUGCCCACUGGGAAUGAUAUGGUAUGGGGAUCACAGCCAUUAUGCAAAUCCGAUCAAAUGACUUUGAUAUCAGAGGCAAUGGAAGCCCAAAGCAUUGAAAAGCUGUCAGGCUUGUGGGUCAUGAUCUUUGUCCCAAACUUCUGAACACCUCCCAGACUAAUCCAUUCCUCUCUGCUCCCUUCCCAAGCCAAACAGUGACAAGGAAGCAUCUUCCUUCUCUGGCUUUCUCCCUCUUCUUGCCCUAAAUGUUGUAAAUAAAACAUAAAAGUCAUGAAACAUUCUUAAAUGUCCUCACACUGGCCCCCAUUCUUGAAAGAUUCAGAUUACGUUACACAAAGGUUAUUGUUUAACUAUUAUUGAGUUGAUUUCUUUUUGCCCUGAAAAUAGCCAUAAUCCCCCGCAUCAAGGAACAGAAACUGACAAUGGUUUAUGCCUCAUUUAUACCCAGAGAAGGCCAUGUUUCGCAGUUCAACUGUGGGACAGAUUCUGUGGAAGACUUACCCUGCUGUGGGAGAGUAGACAUCACACCUUCUACUUGACCGUGGUGACUACACACUCAUCCCUUCUUCUCAUAUUUUUCCUUGGCUUAAAGUAUCAGAUGUUCCUUCCAGUUAGCAUUUCUCUGAGGCAAAGACCCAGGUAAAGGCUUAUUUCUGCUUGAGUAAUCCAGGAUUAGUAUCCCCAUCUCCUCUGUUGCCAAAUAGAAACAGCAGCUGGCUGGCACAUCUGCUGAGGGAAUAAUCUGUGUUUGUGGACACGCCACCUUUAUUGUGCAUUACACUCAGUGAUGUAUCUUAAAAAUUAAAUGAAAAAAAUGUGGUGCAGAGAAAAAGAAUAGUGGCUUUAGGGUCCAAAAGGAUGGCUUUCUCUAAAAGCAAGUCAAGGGAAAUUGACAAAAUUCCAUUACCUUGUGUCAAUGACUAUUUUAUGAAUGUUUGUUUCGGAAGGUUUUAUUACAAUCUGCCAAGUUAAACAAAAAGGAUACAGGAUAAGCCUUCCAGAAGAAAAUGGUCUCCAAGAUUUCUCAUGUCAAAAAUUUUGGACAGUAUGUUGUCACAGGUGAUGCACCGCCAUUUGUUUGUUAAAGUAUCAUCAUGUAUCAUAGGAAGGGGUGAAAGGAGUGUGCGAGCAUUUGCUCAAGAUGGUUCACUCAGCAGUUUCUGGGAUGAGCAGAAGAGAAAAACAUAUAUCUGAAAGAAAACACAAGGGUACAUUUGUUAAUGGAAUGUAGACUACUGUGUAAACUUCAUUGUAAAUUCUGUACAUAGUUCACUGAACUGUUCCCUGUGGUGUAGUGAUCCUCAACUUUGGGUGGAUGUUUGAAAACCCUGAGCACUGUAAAUAAUGUAAGCUUAUGAAGCAUUUGCUUUUAUUCAUAAAGUGAAAUGAUUAGUGAUUUGGGCCCAAAUCAGAAUCUCUCCAGCUCUUGCUCUUUCAUGCAUACAGUUGUGUGACUCUGCUGUAAGCCAUAGCCAGGUGUCUGUGAUCACUGCCUCAUGCCUUUACCCACUAAAAGGGACAGCAGCUGCUUAGAAGGCUGCCAACCCGUGGGGCCAAAGAACAGAGCACCAGCAGAAACUGGAACGGGGCAAUCUGCUCCUUGAACAGUCAUGAAAAGUAGAUAAGUUGUUUUCAGUCACUGUGGCUAUUUGUAUCAUCAAAAACUGAAUUACUGAUGCUGCUUAAGGGGUCAGGGAUGGAAGGGAUGCUCAAAAUCCACAGGUAAUCCAAAGCUUUAUUUGCACCAAUAGCUUUAGCUUCUAACUUCUCCACUAUGUUUUCUAGAACUUCUAAAAAGACUUAAAAUGAAUAGAAUAGAUGGGUUUGACCAGGGUUAACAAUCAGUAUCCAAAGGAUAGGCAGGGGUACAAGGAGAGACGAUAAAUGUCUUUGAUAGCACUAGGUGGCAGACCCACACCUGAAAGGCACAGAGGGAACUGUCUUAAAAGUAGAGAAAAUCUUUGGUGUGAACUGAUCGAGAAGAGAAACAGUGAUUUAACUUGGGGAAGGGUGCGUAUGGUGUGAGGAACUUGAGUUUGAAGAACCUGGUAAUUAAAUGUUUCCAGAUAUUAUUUCCUCCAUGUUUUCAGAGUUCUUUCAAAAGUCUUCAGUAUGUAGGCUGUUAUGCCACAGAAUGUGUUUCCAUGCAAACUGGAAAUCCCAGAGAGGGUGAAGACACCAAAAGAAAUUCAAAAUAUCCAAGCACUUGAAGACAGAAAUUGGUUUCUUAGUGUUAGAGGGAAAGGUGUCCUCCCUGAAGGUAAGAUCCUUUGUGUCAUUUUACAUGUUAAGGGAGCAUACACAGGGAGCUAUUCUUCUGGGACAUUUUAAUUCCGAAAUGUGACCCACCACAAACUGGACACACAAAGCAAACGCUGUUGGAACUAAUCCACUCUGCCAGUUUUCAGGUUAGAACACAUUGUGGUUUUACCUUAGCUUUUCUUCAGAUAACACAUCAGCUGAAAUGAUUGAAAGUGUAAUUGUUGGGAGCUGCAGCAAGCAUUUGAUAGAAAAGUUCUUUUUAAUAAACGAAUUACAAAACAGAAAAUAUUAAAUGGCUAAAAGGGUAAGAAUGAGGGUUUUGUGUUUGUUUUGACAUCUCCCAUGGCAGGAAUUUCUCAUUAAAAUUGAAGCAGUCUAACGGGUUUUUAUCUAUUCAGAAGUCUUUGGCAUAUUACGGGACUUGUAUCAAGAACCAUUUUUGAUUGAUUCUCAAACCUCUUGUGUAUCAGUAAUCAAAAAAAAAAAGUCCAGUGGGAAUUCCAGGUGGGAAAUUGAUACUCCUGAACCAGUUGAAAAGGAAUUCCACUCUCCAGAGCAACACUCCCUGCAUAUUCUGUCCUGUGGACAAUCAAAACAAGUCAGUGCAUGCAAGAGAGGUCAAAUAACCUGGUUUAUUUGCCUUAGGGAUACAGGGUCACAGAUACAUUCAUUAAAAUAGUCUCCUUCCAAAGCCAAAGGAUGAGCAAGAGCAAUAUUGUUACCUGGCUCUUGCCUCUUCCCGUGCUUCUCCUUAAGGAGAAACAGGAAAGAGGAGACACUCCCAAAUAUAUUUUUAUAUGUCCAAGUAACGAAAAUAUUAUGUGUAUUUUGCAGUUUUGGAUUUUAUAAAAUAGAUGAACAGAUCUUCUGUCUUAUUCUUUCCCAACUACAUACCCAAAUGGAAUUGAUUCCUUUAUUUAUUUGUCCAUCUCAUUUCCAAAGCUCAUAUGCUAUCUUGCUCAUAUUUAGAUAGCAGCUUCAAUCUUUGGACUUAUAUUGUAUUUCUUCAUUAAAUUCACAAACAAAGAAUUAUAAUAGUUCUUCCCAAUUCCUACUCAUAACGCCUUUAAAAGGUCUUCAGAAGUAAAUCUUUUCAUCGUUGCCACCUCUGAAUGCCCCUGAAUUAUUUUUAUUUGUUUUUUAUGUAAAGAGUACACAUGUUUACAAACACCUUUUCUCUCCCAAUUUAUUUCAAAAUAUGGUAGAAAUGAAAGUAAUGAAGUUAGACCUAUGGAAGAUUAUGUUGUCUAUACUAGAGCUUAAAAUUAAGUCCAUUUUCUCAAUAUAAUUGUAACGUGGUAAAUCCAUGCUACAUUCGUCAAUGGCUAUGCAUACCCUUAGUCUUAACUACAUGGUAUUUAAAGUUUUACUACUGUUCCUCGCAGAAUGAGUUAUCAUGCAAGUAACAAUCAGUGGUUACAGAUAAUCUUUUAGGAUUUGGACCUAAUUCAUCAUUUCUGCUCCUUUAUCUCAGACUUAUAGUUCAUAUAUAUCACCUCACCUUCAUAUAUAUCACCUCUCCCUCAACCUUCUAUUAGAUUCCAUGCAGAGUUAGUAAUUGCAAAAAAAACUUUAUGCCCUGUUCAAAUUAUCAUCAGAGAAUUGUAUAAGAUACAUUCCUUCAAUAAAGUAUCUCCACAGACUUAGAUAACACAGUUCUCUAAACAUACAGCAAACAAUAUGCACUAUAAUAUUGGAAGGUUAACAGUAGUGGAGAGAGGGGGAGAUAUGGCUCCUCUCAGGUCUGUGGCUCUUGGCAUGCCAGCAGAUUACUUCAAGUUCUCUUCCGGAACCACAUUUCAAAGGUUAUUUUAGAAAGGCUCAUGUACAUAGGAGUUUAACCAGAUGGUGCCAGUGUACCAUGGUCCCUGUUGAUGAAGCCUCGCAAAUCUAUAAUAGUCUCUGUCACAUGCCUUUGAGAGUUAGCUACUCGGUGUUAAGGGAAUUGAAUACUGGCUCAUAUUUCUUCCAAAACUCAUCAAAUAGGUAGUUACACAGGCAGGUAGUAAAAUUAUCUUACUACUUUUAUAAUACUCUGUGCUACAAUCUUCCAUUUUAAAAAAGUAUCUUUAGGGACUCUCAGAUAACAUUCAUCCAUGUGAUCUGGUCUCCAUUUUUAGAUCUUUGGAAGAUACAGGUGUUCUUAAACCACCCUCUGUAACUCGGUCAAGAAAAAGCCAUAAAGCCUUCCCUUGUGGGUGGAAAAGCCAACUUCUAGCCAUUAUCUGAGACCAAGUGCAUUCUGUUGACAUCUCCAGUUUUGAACUUCACAUCUCUCUAAUGUCCCUAAAAUGAAACAAGCAAAUAUAUUUGAGCUUUCAAGCCAGAUGCAACUUCUCGUCUAGAUGAGAGAGAUUCUGGAUCUUUAGAAGCUAUUACCCAUCCUUCUUUCCCCUUUCCCCUUGGACCCUGCUAUACCACUUUGCCAGUCAAACUGGUCUGCUAUUUUAGAUACAGCCAUGGCCAAAAAUGAAAGUUUAUUAAAUUGUGAUUAGUUCUGUGGUUACUUUCUAGCUAAUGUACCCCUCCCCAUUCCAACCUCUGAUCAUGAUCACCAAAAUGAUUUCUGCAAGUAUUCUUAACUUUUAUUGAAUGUUUAUGCUUCUCCUGGAGCCUUCAAACUGUUCAAAAUUGUUAGGAUAAUCUUUUCCCAUCCAAUUGCAAGUGUCUAUGGAUCUGUCACACACAUCUUUGUUUUCAUAUGUGUUUUCUUCAAUGCCUUAUUUAUUGAAAGUUUUUAUCAUUUAUUAUAUUGAAUUUUCUAAAUAAAAUUCCUAGGAUAAUGCCUAGAAGUACCAUUUUCCUGCUAUAUGUCAGUCUUUGAAUGGAACACCUUUUUUGUUUUGCAAAAUUAGCAGAAUAUUCUGCUCCCAGCCUCGGGCAUCCUUCAAAGAUUCUUCCAACAUCCCCAUGUGCUGGUAGACUCCUGCUCCUCUUAAAGCAAUGAGGCUAUUGUUUUCUUUUCUGCCUUCCCAUGGUGUUUUUAACCUAUAGAUGGAGUCAUGCCUAACAAUAUCAUUUUUCAGAGAAAGGAAACAUUCCUGAGUAUUAAGUCCUAACUGAGGUGACAUUGCUAUUUACUAACAUAGGAUUAUCUGCUGAGAUCCAUUCAGGUGCAAGUGACAAAAGGUGCCUCUCAAAGGACCUUUCACUAUCAAACAGUCAUGUAACAGUAAUAUUAGAAGAGAUUGGUCUAUAUUUCUUAUUUCAAUAAUAUAAGACCCAAGACUCUUCUCUGAUUCUCUCAAUAUUAUCAGCACUAUGUGUGCAUGUAUGUAUGUAUGUAUGUAUGUAUGUAUGUAUGUAUGUAUGUAUUUAUGUAUGACCCAAGACCAUUCUCUGACUCUCUCAAUACUAUCAGUACUCAGUAUAGCUUCAACAGGGCUGCAUAGACCAGUUCCCAGACAUUAACACUAUGGGACAGAAAUGGGAUAAGUUUUGCCUUAGAUUACUUUUUAAAGGCAAAGAACUCUUUUCUCAUCUCAGUCCCAGAAAGCAUUCUUUUUUGUCCUCUUGGCCAACGUUAAGUUAGACAUCAUUCCGGAAUCAUUCACUGAAGAGUGUGGUUAUCAUGACUGGCUUAUAACAAAUACCCAGGGCUAUUGUGCAAUGUAAAAAUUAAUUAAUUAAUAACAAAAAGAAACUAAAAAUGGCCUUGGGUAAAUAUCCAAUAAUGACUAUCCCAUAUCAAAUUAAAUUAGAGAAAAUACUUCCCCACUAUAAUAUAGCAUUUUGCUCUAUACUCUGGCCCUAUGAAGUUAUGACAACACCAAUAUCACAACACAGGAGGCAAAAUAGCUUAAAUAACUCACCCAGAUCUGAUAGUUAUUGGUGACGUGGGUAUUCAUUCCCAGCUUUUCUUUCCUUGAAAGACAAAGUUUCUACCUCUCCCAUAAGAUCUAUGUUUGAUCCCUUUGAUCUGGACGAUACAGGCUGUUGGAGUAAUUCAAAGAUGUGUGGAAACUUGGAAGAAGACAGCUCUUCCACCAAAGAAUAAGAUACUACUAACCCAGCAGAUGCUGUCCAGUUUAUUUCUGUCCACUCUACCGUCUCUCCACUCCCCACACAAUAGCUUCUCAUUGUCCUAAGGGAAGGAUAAAGCAGAGCUUCCGCUGAGCUCCAUUCUUCAGGUUCAUAACAUUAUCGUUAAAGGAUCCACUUUGUCUGAAUUUGAAAGGCAAAUUAAGUGACUGCUUUAAAGGACAGAGUCUCACCACCCGCUUGUUCCAUCUGACCAGCCUUCACCACUUGUAUCCACUAUGCUCCUCAUGGCUCUCUUUAAUUAACACCUUUGAGAUUGAUCCAUAGAUCUCCACUACCCUUAACUCCAACAGCCAGGCAUCAUCCCCAAAUGCUCUUAUUGUUAUACUUCAAGUUUUCCAUCUUAAGGUCAGUGUCAGCAUGCUCUUCCUUGCUCCACCCCAGUGGUAACUUGCAGAACAAGCCACCAACACCCAAAAUAUCCAUCCAAGUAUCCAGCCUCUUUCUUCACCUACUGGUACUCCUUCAAUUCUUGUAGCAACUCUGUCCAAUGAAAUUGGAUAUCUUGUGUGUUUCCAGUACUCUUGUAAAUAUUCUGCCUCUCUAAUGGUCUCUAAGGGGGCAAAAAGUCCUUAAGAGUAAACACCCCACUUUCUAAGUCCUUUGUAGAAUCUCAUGCACAAAAUAUCCAAAUAAAUUUUAAAAAAUAAAAUCACACAGGUGAGCCCUGGCUGACCCCAUACGGAGUGGCCACUAGGGUUUUUUCCCACUGAUUGAGUAGGCACACACAAUCUUCCUAAUACCUCCGUUGUACACAAGCUCUAGGAGAACUGAAUUUUCCAUCCUAAUUACUUCUGCUUUCCUUUAUUAUCAAAAAAGGAACAUUUUCUUCCAUACUUUCAUUUCUACUCCUGCUAAGCUAUGCCUACCUUAUGAUUAAAAGUCUUUUGAAUGUAUGUUCUAUGAGGUGUUUGAAGUUGGAAUGGCAUUACAUUGUCAGUGGAACAUUUUGAUGUGAAUUCUAAGAGAAUAGUCAUGGAGGAUGAUGUACAGCAAGGUCGACUUCUUCUAAGAUAUACAUAGAUGAGUUGGCACUACCUAGGAAGGAGGGACGGCUCUUAACACUCACCACUGCUUCUCAAUUAUUAAGAAGCAGGGAAUGUGAACUAUCUUUUGUAAACCUUUCAAUCGCUGACAUUCCUGUUGUGUAUUUAGAUGCUUUCAUGAAAGAAACACAGACUUUGCACACCUUACCUCCCAGGGACCACCAGCCACCCCAGUUUUACUAGGUAGUAUAUUUUUCUACAUAUAUUCUCCCCCAAUACAUUGGGUUUCAGUGUGUUUGACUUUUCUUUUAUAUCAAUGCAUUAUUGUCUGAUUUCUUUACCUUUAAAAUGAAAUAUUCACUGGAAAAAGCUUGAAAUGUGUUUUGCAGGAGUGCCCCUGUGAUAUUUUUAAGAAAGCCUCCCCCAGGAUCAUUCUAACUCACUGUAGUAAGAGUUAUGUAUCCAAAUAACCUUUUAUAUUCAGAACAUCCACUAUUUUUCUAAUGAGGGAAUGCUUAUGAUUUUAUACACAUGUAUUUACUCACUGUUGCUCAAUCCCCAGUUUUAAAAUAAGCCAAUGAUUUUCUUGAUUAGAAAAAAAAAAAGACCAUGUGGCACUUUUAAAAGGUCAAGAUUGCCUGAGGUUUUUGGAAAUUCCCAUUGAUGUAGAUGCUUACAAGUUCCAAAGAUGCUUACAUUUUUAAAACAAGCUUUUGGUUUUCAUCACCAGGCAGCAUUUUGUGCCAUUGUGAUGGACAUAUGAUGGCUGAUAUAAUGUUGGUAUACUAUGUAGAAGGUUAAGAUAAACUGGAGUUUACAAUGCUGCAUAAACACAAAUCAGACUUUUCUAGAGAAAAGCACCUGGAUUGAAGAUGCCUCUCUCGAGAUACUUCUCGUGGCUGCCCAUCACCUCUGGAAAAUUCUUUCACCCCCUUGAGUUUAACAAGGGGUUAAAUCUAUGGUAAAGGCCUUCCACUUCUACAAGGGUGGGGGCUGGGAAAUCAAGUCUCAUUAGGCUAGAGAAUACGAAAUCACGAAAUGACGAUGCUGUCGGCAGUGAUUCAAACACCUCUUUGGCAACUACUUCACUGGAAACUUGACUGAAUCCAAACUGUAUCCAAACCUGCCAAACAAGUGUCUGCUACUUUAAUUCAUAGCAUCCUGUGUUAAAUAGCUGUGGCUUUCAAAGCAGGUGCUACCUACAAGCAGAAAGAAACACACACCUUCUGUUGCCUCUCAGCUAAGCUCACCAAACAUGUCAGAGGACUUUAAGUGGUUGGUUCUUUUCCUUGUGACUUUUGAAUCUCCACUAACUAACCAAUUUUGCGAUCUACCCUCCCAAAUAUGAUUUAGCAAACUCGGUAUUCUGAUUGACAUUACACAGUUCUUAUAAAUAAAAUAAUUCCUUUCUGGUUUUCAGAACGCAAACUUCUUGCCUCACAAAGAAACAAAUCUUUUACUUUUUGACAAAGCCUUUUCUUCCUAACAUAAGCAAGUAAUACUCUUUGUAUACCUAUCAGACCACUAGAAAAGUUGAAUAGCAAGAAACAGUAUUUCUGAAAACCUGUAGAAAUUUUUUAAUGAAAUGGCGCAGGAUUGAACAGGUGCCAAGAAAGGAAAAGAUGGACUCCUUACUUUUAUAACUCAAGAUUUCUAUUUUGUAUCAAUAUAUGCUGCAUUUUCUGACUGAAGUUGUUGUCUGUCUAAUAGGAUUUGUGAUCUGUCGCUUUUUACAUUUGAAAUCAAAUUUCAUACAGUAAGCUUGUUUGUCCCUUUUUGUUUGGGAUUUGAUUAGAAUAUUUUGUUUUAUUAAUUUCUUUUUAUGUGCUAAAAAGCAAGUGACUUAUGCCUUCAUUAUCUUAAACGCUAUCUGUGGAAAAAAUCCAUGAAGCCUGUAGACUGUGAUUAAUACAAAUAAAAGGUAGAUCCCCCUGUAAACAGUGAAUCUGUGAAUAAGGACUUGUUCAGUGGCCUCUGACUCCUGCCCCUUUGUCCCUUCAUGGCCUUCUUUCUAUUCUGAGUCAUCCAUCAAGUGAUUGUGUAUUCCUGUAAGAUACAAAAUCAAAUUACAUGCUAUCAGGUAUGGACACAACGAGACGCUUGCGCUCUCGAUUUCAGGACUCCCAGCCACCCUCACAGUCACGGGACUGUCCUCCACUCAGCAUUUUUGUUAACAGUGUGGCUUUGCUAUAAAACACGCCAUUGUUUGCUUUGGUAUACAAGAUUUUAACUGUUGCAGCAAAUGAAAGACAGGUCGCAAGUCUGAAAGGCUGGUGUCAGAGACCAUCGGCUCCGAUUGUAACUGUGAAGCUUCUGAAAUGGAAUUUAUUGCUGUAAAUAUGUACAAUUUACGUUGGCUUAUUUCAAUAAAAAAUUUUAAAAAUCAA